UUUCAGCUUUCACAGCCUUUCACUGUUCAGUGUUCUUGUUAAAUUUCAACUUAACCUGCACGGUUUCUUCCUGGUAGUUUGCCACGAUUUCCUACCGUGCCUGCGGGAUUUUUGCCGCCGAUUUCAGUGUUUUCUUUUAUUGUUUAGUCAGCAGUGUCGCGUUGAUCGUUAUCCACUCACCAUGUCGACCAGCGUCAGUGCUUGGCAAGCCACAGUGCGCGGGGUCGCCGCGCGUGUCAAACACAGUCUGGUCACCGGGGAGCGCAGCGAUGUGCAGUUCCAUGUAGGACGAGAGCAUGGAGAAGUCCAGACCUUCCGCGCCCAUAAGUACGUGCUGAGCAUCAGCAGCGCGGUGUUCGACACCAUGUUCUAUGGAGCGAUGGCGGCUGACGCUGCCAGCAAGGAAGAAUCGGACGGUGUGGAUGACGCUCGCAACAAGGACGAGCUGGAGAUUCCGGAAAUUCUCCCUGAAGCCUUCGGCAACAUGCUCAGCUUCAUGUAUACCGACUGCGUGGAGAAUCUGUCGGAGGAGAACGCUUUCCAGACACUGUACUGCGCGCAGAAGUACGACCUUCCGUUGUUGUCGGAGCAGUGCACGGCCUUCCUUCUCCGCCAGCUGAAAGCGGAGAACUGCCUGCUGAAUUUGGAAAAUGCCAUGUUUUUGGAUGCCGAGUCCGUGGUGGAGAAGUGUCUGGAGUUUGUCGACGGGGCGGGUCAGGCGGUGCUGCAGUCGGAGCAGCUGGUGGCGGUCAAGCACGCCACACUGGCCCUGAUUGUCAACCGUAACAGUCUGGAUGUGGACGAGAACGUGGUGUACACGGCGGUCGAGAAAUGGGCUAAGGAAUUCUGCAAGCAGAAGGACCUGGAACCGACUCCCGAAAAUCUCCGCGAGGUGCUGGGCGAGAUCCUGCGUUGUGUUCGUUUCCCUCUGAUGACCGAUCGUCAACUGGCUGACGGUCCCGUGAAGUGCGGUUUGCUGAGCCGCGACGAACUGUGGGAUAUCUACGAGUGGAAGCACGCGGCCGUCAAGCCGCAGCUGGCCUUCCCCUCCGCCCCGCGCCAACCCGUGGCCCCGCGACGCACCUUCCCCUGCGUGGCCAACGACGAGGUGUUCGUGCGCGGCACCGACGCGCGCUGGUACCCGGCCGUGUACCAGCAGGCCGUCGUCGGCAACGGGCACUACGCCGUCGUCUGGUGCGAGAACGGCGACAAGGAGGAUGUGCCGGCCUACACGGUGGUCCCGGCGGCGGCCAUCCUGAAGAAGGGGCAGGCGGUGCGCUACUGCACGGAGAAGUGCAUCACCAACGACCACUCGGGCUACAUGGAGGGCGCCUACCGCAUGCGCCACGGGUUCGCCCGCAGCAAACGCCAUGUGGUGGACGGAGUGACCGGGGAGGCGAUCGUCGGCUUCGACCGGAUGCUGUUGGAUGAUCACGUGGUGAAUAAGUGGCUGCUGGCCGAGGGGAAGCCGCAGAAUGGUGCGCAGUAGAUGGGAUCGGCUGAGUGGUGCGCGAUGACUGCAGUGUUGAGUGGUUUUUCGGGAGAUGAGUCGUUUCCUUGGUUGUUACGUGUUCGGAGUACAGUAGUCGUUGUGUUUCUGAUUGUUUGAUGAGUACUCGUUGUUUGCGUGGUUUCGUGUUGUUUUUUUAUGGAUUAUUAACCUCUGUUUUUGUCUAAUGCCGGACAUUGUCGCUCAUUAUAUGAUUUUAGCUUCAUUUGGUUUUAUUAAAAAGCAGCGCCUCCCGA